AACAUAUAGUAAACCGCAUUGGCACUGGGUCCGCUUGUGAUCAAUAUGUCCACGUGACCUCUCGUUAGUCAGUCGAGACUCGCGUAAUUGCAAAUGCAAAAUGUCUGAAGGAACGCUUGUGUUAAAAAUGAAGUCAUAAUAUUUUGUUAACAGUUUGUGUUCUAGUGUAAAAUGCCUGCGUCAAUUGGUGUUAAUUUACGUGUGACGGGCCAUUGUAGCCAAGGCGGGAGAAAGUAUAUGGAAGAUUUGUUUUCCGUUGCGUAUCAACAAACCGAGGACGAGAGAGAUUUGGAGUAUGCCUUCUUUGGAAUUUACGAUGGGCACGGCGGGAGCGAGGCCGCAGCUUUCGCGAAGGAGCACUUGAUGGACUCUAUUGUGAAGCAGCGUCAGUUCUGGUCGGACAACGAUGAGGACGUGCUGAAAGCUAUCAGGAAUGGUUACAUGCUGACCCACUUGAACAUGUGGAAAGAGCUAGAGAAAUGGCCAAAGACUGUGACAGGAUUACCAAGCACUGCUGGCACAACGGCCAGUGUAGCUUUUAUAAGGCGAGGGAAAAUAUACAUAGGCCAUGUUGGGGAUUCUGCAAUUGUUCUUGGUUACCAGAAAGAAGGGAGCGAGGAAUGGGCCGCCAAGCCCUUAACAUCGGACCACAAACCCGAAUCCACCGCGGAAAUGGAACGUAUCCAAAAAUGUGGUGGCAAAGUGGUCUCCAAAGCGGGUGUUCCAAGAGUUGUAUGGAACAGACCCCGCCAGGGCCACAAAGGACCUAUCAAGAAGAAUACCCCAAUGGAUGAGAUCCCAUUCUUGGCUGUGGCCAGGUCCUUGGGUGACCUAUGGAGUUAUAACACACAGAAUGAUGAGUUCAUAGUCAGUCCGGACCCAGAUGUGGGAGUACUGACGAUAGACCCUACUAAAUUUAGGUGCCUAAUAUUCGGAACAGACGGUCUAUGGAACAUGAUAUCACCGGAGGGUGCUGUGAGCCUAGUGCAGGCGACGGAGAGACACAACGAGGCAGCACUUGUUGGUGGCUCUGCUAACCAGCCGAGAGACUGGCUGAACCCGUCCAAGAGCUUAGUUGACCAUGCUCUUGAGAGAUGGUCGAAUACGCGUAUGCGCGCCGACAACACGUCCGUGGUGACGCUCAUGCUGGACCCGCCCGGGCCGCCGCGCGCCACCGUGCUGCGCGCGCGCAGCAAGCCCGCGGCGGCGCCCGCGCCGGCGCCGCCGCCGGAGGAACCCGACACGAGGGCGGUGCCGCAGAACGGGCUCACCAUCAUGACGAGAUACUCGGAUGUCGACAGCAAUAAGCCUGCAAUGCCGGAGACCACAGAGAGUAGCAGAACACCGUUACCUCCGUGUGCAACCCUCGACGGGCGCUUCUCAACCGGUAGCGACGAACGCGGCGAGAAGCGCGAGCAAGACAGUGACGCGAUCGCCAACUACGGGAACCCCGCCGAGUCCUACUUCAUGGCCCGCCUUCUCCAGCGGUCCAGGUUAGUUAACACCUUGUCCUCGGUCACGAAGGAGUUGGCCGGCGAGAGGAGGGAGGAACCCGAACCGGAGCCGGCCACGGUGCUUCCGGAGCCCGAGGCGGAGAAGACGCUGCCGCCCGACGUGCCCGUCGACCCGCCGUCGCCCGCGGCCGAGGAGCCGAAGACCGACGGCGACGACGUCAGUAUACAGAUCAACGAGGUGUCCUCCAGCUCGCCGACGGAGGGCCCGCCGCGGCCGCGCGGCCGGCGACCGAAGGCGGAGGCGAGGCGCGACGCGGCGCCGCCGUCGACCAACGACCGCGUGCUGCGCUCGCACGACGCCGAGGCCGCGCCGCGCCCGCAGACCCGGCAGGCGGGCGUCCGGGCCCGGCCCGCCGCCGCCGCCGCGCCGCCCGCCGACCGCGUCGUCAUCCUCACCCGCCGCGCCCCGCCCGCGCCCGCCGCGCCGCCCGACCGCGCGCCGCCGCGCAAGCCGCCCGCCGAGCCCGAGCCGCGCGCCACGCGCUCCGCCGCGCCCCACGAGCCCCGCGCGCCCGCGGCGGGAAACUCGGCGCGCGCCCCGGGCCCGGCGCGGCGGGCCCCGGCGGCGCGGCGCCCCGCCCCCGCCCCGGCGCGCCCCCGCCCCCGCCCGCGCGGCUGCUGCAAGGAGAACCGCGCCCGCCCCCCGCCCGCGCCCGGCGCCGCGCCCGCCUCGCGCCGCUCCCCGCGCACCGCGGAUAGCGCGCCCGACGCCGAGGUGCACUCCACCACGCCGUCCGGCGCCGACGACUGCCUGCGCGCGCGCGCGCUGCGCUCGCGCAACGACGCGGCGGAGCCGGCGCCGCCGGGCAAGGCGGGCAAGCGGCGCGCGGCGGCGGAGGACGGCGUGGCGCACAAGGCGCCGCGGCUGGACGCGAGCAAGGCGCGGCUCUCCGCGGGGGAGCGCGUGGCGCGCGCGCUCAACAAGCGCGCGUCGGGCCCGUGGGCGCCGGCGCUGGCGCUGCGCAACCGCCUGCGCCGGCGGCUCGCCAAGUGACUAGUGUAGUGUGUCGCGGUCACCUGCGAGUGCGGGGAUAACGGUGCCUUCUAGUACUGCCAAAGUACUCUUUGACUUUUCAUAUUUUAUCGCCCCGGCCGGGCGGGAUCCAAAGACGACCGCGUCGUUUCCGGUCAAACUUCUGUUGUUGAUUUUUAUUUUUAGCGAUCCGCUCUCGGGGCCGCGGUCGACGCCGCGCGGCGAACGAUAGUACAAAGAGUAUAUUGAAUAUAAACGUAAGUUUAACUCGUGGACCAGGCGGAAUGAAUUAGCCCCGAUAGAUAUUUAUUUUAUGCGUAUUUACGGCCGAUAUCGUCCUGCAUUUAUCUUUAAGCGUGUGAAAAUUAAAUUUUCAUCACCGAGGCUACAUGUAACUUCACCGAACCUUAUGAUGCGCGAGUCAGAUAUAUAGUUACACCAUUAUUUUCGAGAUGUCGCGACGGGGGAACCUUUCGCAAUGAUAUAAUUAUAUUUACCCUUAAUUAUAAUAGUUAAAUUAUGCAUACUAUACCAAGAGUGCUUUUCUCAAAUAAUGUAGUAAAUUUAAUAAGAGUGCUAUAUAUAAUAUUUAUAUAUUUGAAGUGUACCGAAAAAUGUACAGUUUGAAACUAAAUUUUCGUAUUGACAUAUAAAAGGCAAUUUUUAGUUUUGAAGAAACUUAGUUAUUGGAGUUAUUCUUUUAGGAAAAGAAUUCUUUUAUGUACUUCCUUACUAGCUUUAUCCUUUAGUGAUGAGAGUAGCUAGUUUAACUUAAAAUGGCAUCUUAUUUUGUUACGGAAUUCUUAUUAAGAUAGACAUGUUAGACAUAUCCAUGUAACUUGUAUUUGUCUUAAUGCGCCUUCCAUAUUGUUACAUAGAAUUGUGUUUUCAGUUAGGACCUAGACCAAUAGAGAAAAAUAAGAGGAAUUAUUGGUUUAAGUUAAAUAAAGAGAAAAAAGUAGAAACAUUUAAUUUAACCAGCUUUAACAACAUUGGUUAAUAUUUUAGGAGUACCUAUAAAUUUUUAAUUUAAAACUUAAUGUAUAUUAAUGAAUUUGAGUGUAAAACUUAUGUGUUGUUACAUUACAAAACCAAUCUACUUUUUUCUCUUAACUUUAUCCAGUAUAUUAGCUUACUCAUACGGUUAACAGUAUAUAUAUUUCCAUAAAUAAUAAAAUAACUCAUGAUUCUUAUGAAAAACUAUAAAGGUGCACCACAGUUAACUUUUGUGGAGCAACACUGCAAUAAAUGGUGAUGGCGUCUCGUGAAUAUAUAUUUUUUUGCUCAUUAAUGUUUUAAAUGUAACAUCUUUUAUUUAACCAUUGUUAAGUCAACACUCGGCAGUCCACGAGAUUGAUUGUAAACUUCUAUCGCUUUACUAUCACUUAUUUCGCUUCUAAAGACGUUUUGAAACAAGCACAAGAAGACUAUUUCUCACACUCGGCCAUCCUGACCACAGAAAGGUCAGUAUUUCACAGCCCGGCCGUUCUGACACGCAACACGUCCUUACGUUGUAGAAGUUUUUGUAACGGGUUCUCGCGAGUGCCAUAGAAAGGCUAAUUACUGAAUAACGCCUACGCCACAUUCUAUUACUCUAUUACUAUCAUUAUCACCGUACGUCUAGCUCUACGAGCACACUUGAUAUUGACGAAUAAUAUAAUUUUACUUUCCCUACCUUAAUACUGGCUGAAUUGUCCCAUUGGAUCUGUCCAAUGGGAGAUGCCAUUGUUUUAAGCGAAGCGUGCAAGAUGGUAACAUUAUAUAAUUUACCUAGUUGCCGCAGCACAGUGUUGCUCCAGAAAAAAUAACUUCAGUGUGGAUGCACCUAUGAGCAGCUUAUUGCAGAUUUUUAAAAACAUUUGUUUAUGUAAAUAUAUUCACUGUCAACCCACUCAUCUGAUUUAUGUUAUAAUAAGUAUCGAUAAUUAUGUGAUGAUAAACCAUUGAUGUUUUCCAAAACCAAAACAGUUACGUUACGUUUGCGUACCGCAAUUUUGUUGACUAUACGUUUAUGAAUAUUUGUAACAUUUGACUAACCAACAUGUUAAUGGACUGAGCGUUCUGUAUUUUUUAAUGAUGAAUUUUAUUGUGUAACAGGGUUGCAGUGACGCACCGAUUUCAAAUCGUAUACUAAAUUUUUGCAAAAUUUUAACUUUAUCAAGUGAAUAUUGAAUGCACGUACACGUUUAAGCAGUUACAAAAACGCGUUAUGUUUAGUUUUUUUUUUACCCGGCCAAGCUUUUUGUACUAUCAUGGUCUAAGAUAACAGAUAGCUGCUAUACAGGGUGGCUAACAUAAAUAACUGAAUUCCCGUUGCCAGGGAGGUUUUGAGAUUAUACUGAGCAACUUUUACUAUUGGCACAAACUUUUGGCCGGUCCAUUUUCUGUGGGAGGGUAUUUUUUUUUGUUCGCGAUUUCGGGGUUGGGUUGGUCCUAUAGUAAAAGUUGCUUAGUAUAAUCCCAAAACCUCCCUCUCAACGGGAAUGCAGUUAUUUUUUACCCACCGUGUAUGUAGUCUGAAAGACUAAUUUGUCCGUAGAAAAAGGUACAAUAUUAAAAAUUUGUAUGGAAGAACUACUUCAUGCGCCUAAUUUUUUUUUAAAUUGUAGCCUUUUUCUACUGACAAAAUUGAUUUGCCAGCUUUUAAAAGCAGCAUCCCACAGUGUGGACGCAUUAAAAUCCGAUUUUGAGCGUUUUGCGACUGCUUAGUACUGUGAGAAGUUUCACAAGCAACGUAUGUUUUUUCCAAGAGAUAGAAAGAUUUGUUUUGCCAAAAGCAAUAUCAUAUGUGGACCAACUACAUCUACAACUUAUACGCCAAUUAAUAAAUGUUCAAAUAAAACUCAACUUUAUAAAAGUAAUAAUGUGUGUGAAACGUAAAUAGGGAUGUGUCGAUCUUUUAUUAAUCGAUUACCACGAAUUGUCGAUUAGUAUUUUCGUUGUGUGAAUAUAAUCGAUCAAUCGAACCAACAUCGAGCGUCCCUAGUAAAUCUGUCGUCCUGGCAACCCAAAACAGCUGUGCGUAGGAGUACCUCAAAGGAAGUAAAAUGUAAUAAGAAAAUGUGCCUCAAUCGUUACCGACUUCACAAAAAAACAUAGGUAAAUAAAACUAGUGUUCUUUGAUAAAUCAGAUAUGUAUUUUUAUUAAAAGAAGUAAAGAUUAUGCAUUGUAAAUUAGCUGUAAAAGAAGAUUUAAUAUAAUUUGUUAAGCUUAUUGUCGAAGAUGUUUUAGAAAAGUUGAAGUUCGUCACUUGACCGUUAGCUUACGUUUUUUGUUAAUUACAUUUGUGCUUAAUUUGAUUGUGUUUGGUUAGGUCUGUGACGGAGUGUUAAGUUUACAAAAUAUAAAUAUCAAUUUUGUAAAACAUGGAGGGUAAUGAUGCCUUGGAGCCGUAAGGAUUGGCAAUGCUAAUAUUGAGAAGAAGCUAAAACAAAUUUUAUAACUAUACAUAUUAGUUAAAGGUAAAGGAUUAUUGUAGAUUUUAUUUUUUGAUUUGAAUAAAGUUUGUACGAAAUAGAA